AUGAUAAUUUUUAAGAGGAAACGUUUUCAAGAGGAACUUUCAUUAGGUGCUCCGCCUGGCAGCAUUGUCACUAUUAGCGAUACUGGAUAUAUCAAUAGCGAUCUUUUUGUGACAUGGCUUAAUCAUUUCAUUGAAACAGUUAAGCCAAGCCCUGACGCCCCUGUUUUGCUAUUGUUGGACGGCCACAGCACCCACAGUAAAAACCUAAAAGCUCUACGGAUUGCCAGGGAUAAUGGAAUUAGAUUAUUGCAGUUACCCAGUCACACCACACACAGACUUCAACCGUUGGAUGUUGGAUUCUUCAGAGCCUUUCAAAAUGUUUAUGGACAAUGCAUUCAAAAAUGGUUGCAGAAUAACGUGGGUCGCACUGUAUCAAUGUUUCAGGUUUCCGGGAUAAUUGGAGAGGCUUAUGGGCUUGCUGCAACAGUGAGAAAUGCACAGAACGCUUUUCGUGCUAGUGGCAUUUGGCCUAUAGAUGAAAAUGUUUUUAAAGAAACUGAUUUUGCAGCUUCAAUGAUGUUUGACAAAGCAUCAAACUCUAACCAUGAAUCCCAACAGGAAGCCUCUUCCGAAGAAGAUAAUAUUCCAUUGGUGCAAGUCGUAUUACGAACGAAGAGAGCAGCAUCAACUUCCCUAAAUAUUUCAGUUCAGGAUAUUUCGCCAUUACCUAUAAAGAAAUCAAAAUCAUCAAAAGUUUGCCGCACCCAGGACGCAGUUGAAUUGACUAGUUCUCCGUACAAAAACGAACUUGAAGCAAGAGCUGAGGCAUCUAAAGUAAAUUCGGUUAAAAAUACUUUAAAAUUGUCGAAAAUUGGUUGUGAAAAAAAGGUAGCAAAUUUAGGUGUAGCUAAAUCUGACAGCUGGUAUUGUGAAAUAUGCGAGUCUGAAUCAGUCGAAGAAAUGAUCCAGUGUCUUAAAUGUAAAAUUUGGUUUCAUGCAAAAUGUGCCAAUGUAUCGCUAAGAACUAAGAUAUUUUAUUGUUCAAAUUGUAAAACUUAA